GGCCCAACAGCCCAAAGGCCUGAAAUAAACAAAAGGCAUGAAGGCGUAGUAAUUCAACGAAGGUAGCGGACAACCCCACCAACCGUCGAAGUGUCGAACGCCCCGCCAAGUCGCCGACUCCCUCUGAUCUUCGCCGUCAGGCAGGCGCCAGCAAGCAGCACGGCAGCACCGCCACUCCGACUGGCUCCAGAACCGCAGAAAGCAUCGUCUGUCGUCGCUCACUCGCCUCACGCCCGUCGCUCGGUGGCUUUCACUCCGCCACUCACCCUUCGGUGGUUCGGCUAAUCGGGCCUUUUCAAUUUUCACCUUCCAAAUUAUCUUUCGCCUCCUCACAUUAUCUUUCCUUCCAAAUUCUUUGGUUUCCCCUCCUAUUUUAUUUCCCUUGCAUGUUUUGCGAUCCAAACAAACCCUAAAAGUUUCUGAAACUCGGAAACAACUCGGAGUUUACGCGCAUCACAGAUGGCUAGAUGGGAUGAGAUUCUGUCCCUCCCUGUACAGAACCCUCCAACACUAGAGUUCUCUUCGUCUAACCUUAUAUGGUCUAAGGUUGAAGGUUGGCGUGAUAACAUAGAUAGAAUUGCUCUGAUCCCAUAUGCCAGAGUAGAUGACUUUGUACGCGGAGAAUCUGCUGAUAAAGAAUGUCCAACAAAAUUCCAUGUUGAAGCCAGAAGGAGGAGGACCUCAAAAACAACUUACAAGCCUAAAGUUGAUGGCAUCCUUGAGUAUAUACUGUACUGGUGUUCAUUUGGACCAGAUGACCAUAGAAAAGGAGGUGUUGUGCGACCUAGCAGAAGCACAUAUGUCCCUAAGAAAAAAUCUGCCGGUAGGCCAAAUACAAAGAGAGGUUGCACAUGCCACUUUAUUGUCAAACGUCUGAUUGCCGAGCCAUCCGUGGCACUUAUCAUAUACAAUCAAGAUAAACACGUGGACAAGAAAGGUUUGCUGUGCCAUGGCCCACAGGAUGAGCAAUCUGCUGGGACCCGUGCUAUGUAUGCUCCGUAUAUCUCAGAGGAUCUCCGUCUCCGUGUGUUAUCUCUACUUCACGUUGGAGUGUCUGUGGAAACCAUAAUGCAGAGGCAUAAUGAAUCAGUGGAGAAACAGGGGGGGCCGUGCAACCGAGAUGACCUUCUAACCCACAGGUAUGUUAGAAGGCAAGAGAGGGGCAUAAGGCGGUCUACGUAUGAACUGGAUGAAGAUGAUGCAAUAAGCAUUGGCCUGUGGGUUGAAAGCCACCAGAAUCAAAUCUUCUUUUACAAGGAUUUCUCGGAUUCUGAUCCUUUUGUCCUUGGCAUUCAAACUGAGUGGCAGUUGCAACAAAUGAUUCGGUUUGGGAACCGUGGACUUCUUGUAUCUGACUCAAAUUUCGGAACGAAUAAACUGAAGUAUCCAAUUCACAGUCUUGUUGUGUUCAAUUCAGACAACAAGGCUAUACCAGUGGCAUGGAUAAUAGCACCAAGAUGUGCAAGUAGAGACACUGCCAGAUGGAUGAGGGCUCUUUAUAAUAGAGUUUGCACCAAAGAUCCUACAUGGAAGUUGGCUGGGUUCAUUGUGGAUGAUCCUUUGACUGACAUCGUGGCUAUAAGGGGCGUGUUUCAGUGCGCUGUGCUAAUAUGCUUUUGGCGUGUACGUCAUGCAUGGCAUAAACAUUUAAUGAAGAAGUGUUCAGAAAUAGGAUUGCGCACUGAAAUAGCAAAAAGGCUGGGUGAGAUGAUACAUUGCAUUUGCAAAGGGUUACAAACUGGAAAUAUGUUUGAAGAUUUUAUGCAAAGUUUUGCAUGUGCUGCAGAGUUUGUGGACUACUUCAAGGCAACUUGGUAUCCAAGAUUAGGUAACAUAUUACUUUAGAUAGCACUUCCAAUACAUGUCAUUUAUCACAUAUUCACAUCUAUAUGUAUUAGCGUCCUUUAUUCUCAUAUACUGGUAUUUUAGUAAGUGGGGUUUAAUGGGCUUUUUUAUGAAAGAAUCAAAAGUUUGGACUGACUCCCCCAAAAGUUCCACUCUUUGCCCCAUGCAUAUUAGUUCAUUCUCAUUUUUACUUCAAAAUGUUCAAUAUUUCCACUAUUACUCUAUCAGUGCUCAGUUGUGGAUUUCCUGUCACUUUUAUGGUAGAAGCCCAGAUUCUGUGGAAAUAUGCCAUAUAUUUGCUCGGAAAGACCAAAAGUGAAAAGGGAUUCAAAUGAGUUCCCAGUUUCUCUCCAUUAAAUGAAGCUGAGUAUCAGGGCUAUGGACUAGUGCACUUAGAGCACUUCCUCUCGCCGGACUGGAAACUUGCGCAGCACUGGAGUUUUACCACAACCAAAUGAAGCUCCGGGUGUUGAACGAGAGGGCCUCAAGCGUGUAUAAACGUGCAGAUUGGCUUGCAGAUAAGCUGGGUACCAAAGUGCAUUCUUAUUUCUGGCUGGAUGAGUACUCUUGCAAGGAUGACUUCUCACGCUAUUGGAAGGAUGAAUGGACGACUGGAUUGACAGCCUGGCAAAAAUCUUUGCUAAUCCCUGACAGUAAUGUGGCAAUUGAGGGAGGCGAUGUGAAAAUCGGUGACCAGGGAGAUCAGACCACUUUCUGUGUCGUAAGAAACCCAUCUUCCUUGGAGUAUGCACUCUGUGAUUGCGAAUCUUCAAAAGCCGGUAACUUGUGUGAGCAUGUUUUCAAAAGCAUUAGAUAUCUUCGUGGUGGUGGACCCGUUGCAUCAUCAUCUGUCAGUAUGUUUCAGUACAAGCAGGCAUUGUUUAAAAUGAUGCACUGCCCACCUUAUGAUUCUCUGAUUCGUGAUCAUGCACUGUCUCUAGCUGUAUGGGUGAAGAUGCAGUUGUCUUCACAAGUAGAGGAGCGAACCGUAGGACCCACUUCUGGUGACAAUCAUAACAGGGUUGAGUUGAUCCCUUCUCUUGAACAAACCAUGAGACCCACAACACAAGGUGAUUUAGAUUCCCAGGUUAUUUCUGGUGAUGAGACAUCCAUUAACCCUAAGACAGAUGAAACGGGAAAUCUGCUGUGCACAGAUUUGCCAUACUCCAAACUAACAGGGUUUGGUGGUUCUCUGCACAGAAACGGUUCUGGUAUUGUUAAAGCCUCGGGUGGAGAGGGUGUAAGCAAUGGGAACCAAGAUUCAGUUGUUGAGAAGGAAAACAGAUUAUACUCAGGAAAUGAGGGUAUGGAGGGACUCCAAAAUGGUAUCAAUAAGAAUUCUUCUUUAGGGCAUGCAAGUUGUAAUGCUUCACGUAAACCGUCGAGGGAGAUUGUGACCUACAAACGUAGGAAAGUGCUCUCCACACCUCCUUUAAAGGGUCUGCAGGGGAUUUCAUAAUUGCUGCUUAUUUUGCAGACGGUGAGAUAUAAGAUCGGCAUUCACUAUCAUUGUAUCUAACCCGUGGCGUUCCCCAUUAUUGAGAUCUUCAUGUAGUGUAGUUAGAUGGAUGGAAUUGACAUUCUUGUUCUUGAAAGAUCGUGUGAACCUUUUAUAAUAUAUGGCUUUGUUGCAAUCCCUUCUUAUUCUAACGAAUAUGGUGUUUUCUUGGUUUUGAGAUUGAGCAUAGUUUUAUUCAGAACACAAAUGUAUUUUGAACUAAUCUUCAGUUUUGAGAGCCAACAGUCUUGAUAUGGUGGGUGUGAAAUUUGUUUGAUUUUUUUUUUGGAGCUCAUUUAUGU